CCGGUGAUAGGAUGUCCGGCAGGGCCCUCCGUUUAUACCACUCUGCAGUAGGAGGCAGUUGACUUUGAUAAGAGACAGCAAGGUUUUUGGGCAAUGGCCAAGCUGUCGGACCUGCCAGACGAACUAGUCCACAUCAUCAUCGAACUCAGCAUAUCAGUCUAUCCACCAACCGCCGACAUCCAUGGCAAACGGGACCAUCAUUCACUUGACCAUAAUCAAAUCAAAGGAAUCGAACCAGCACUAAGACCCCAUCUAGUAAACAAACAGCAGAAUCGCCGCUACCGCUUGCAGGAUAUCAAGAAUCACUUCAGGAGGGGUCCCAAGGACUUGCCAAAGUUAAGCCAAGUAUCAUACCCAGAGGGUGUUCCCCGGAAUCCAUACCUAGCACUGUCAUUAGUCAACCGCGCCUUUCGACGAUUGGCCCAGCGGACCCUCUUCGAGAACGUCGGCCUGAAAGACCACUGGACGGCGAGCUUAUUCUUACAGGGACUGGCCCAAAUACUCCCUCUUGAUCAGCAAGAGCUGGACGAUAAGAUUCAAGCCGACACCAGAAACGAGGGUGAUGCUCGAGAUCUCAAAACCGCGCUCGGACGAUCGUCCGAAAUCUAUUCUUCUUGUUUGAGUGAACCGGCCCGACACGUUCGUUCCUUGCAAUUCAUGUGGAACGGCGGCAGUUUGAUGGGCAAGGGAGGCGAGUCGAGACUGAUUGGCGACAUCAUCCGAGCCUGUCCGCUCCUCGAAAACAUUGCGCUCUCGUCCAACUUCGCCAUUCGGUGUAACGAGCACAUCCUGGAAGCCCUUGCAAGUGCCCAACACAUCAAGGAAUUCGUCGUGUUCAGUAACCAGUGGCGAGCCGACGAGCUCGUCAGCCGAGUGUUUUCGAAGUGGAAAGCGCUCGAGACGAUCGAAUUUGCGUCUAGUCUUCCUGGACAAGCUGUCGAAAUGAUCGAGACCAUCCACAACUCGAUCCCCGUACUCAAUUGCGGCUUACGGACGAUCAUCUUGACCAGACCUGAUCUAGAUGCGCGGGAGCUUUCGUGGCUUUUGAAGGACUCGAAGGAGAGCUUACGGACGCUGCACCUGAUUUCCCCAACCGAAAAGCUCGGCCGGGCGGGCUUAUGUCGUGUCUUGACAGAACACACUGCUCGGGAUCUAGAAUCCUUGGUCCUUGAUUACCGGAAUCGUUCUUCGACAAGCAUCCACGAUUUCGAGGACCCAGAAGAAUACGAGGGGCUGUUAGACCACGUUUUCCAGUCUCCAUACGCCCUGCAAAAGCUCAAGUGUCUGUCUAUCACUGGUCAAUUGGUCGGCCCCAAAUUCUUUGCCGGUUUGCCGCAAUCCCUCGAGAAGCUUGCAUGUAGUUCUUGCGACAUUCACUUUCCUGCAUUUGCAAAGGCACUCUCCAGUCACACCGACAGCCAAGCUUAUCAUCUCCCCAAUGGACUACUGCAUUGGCAGCCCGAUUCUGAUGGUGGAGUUGGUAAACCUGUGGAAUGGUUACCCAAUUUGAGAUGUUGCUCAAUACUGGAGCUUGCGUCCGGAAGGCACAGUGGGAGAUGGGAAGACGGACAACUGAUCAAAAGGCUGUUGGAAGCCCGAGGAGUCUGUUUCCACGGUCUCGGCGGAGUAUUCUACAAACCAGAGCCGCGGUGGCGAUAUGAGGAACAUGAGCGAUAUGUGCAACCUGAGAUUUAUGUGGAUGUCGAUGACGAUGAAUACUCGGAUGUGGUUAACCGGUUUGAACGCGGAAUUUGGUAAUAUAGACACAACUCUGGGUGGGCCAAGAGGAUCUACUGUUAUUCAUUUGCCCCCCCCCCCGGUUUGUGUUUAUGCUCCCUUUGGAUAAACGAUCCCCUGCAUGGUGUGGGAAGCAAACUGUACCAACUUUUAAACAUCCUUAUAACAUGUUUCUAGAGGACUUCUUGGAGGAUAUGUUUGUUUUUUUAAAUAUCAUUAUGGAAUGAGAGAACCCAGAGAUUGCUCAAGAUAUA